UUUAUGACAAUGAGUUUACAAAACCUAAGCAAUGAUUUUGACUGCAAUCACGGGAUGGUUCAGGAGAAGAACUUUUUAGUUCAUCCUCCUCCCACUACUGUUUUUUUAAAUUCCAUUGAGGGAAAUACGAUGAACUUUCAACUGGGUUUUCAUAUUUCAACCGCUUUAAUGGAUCGAAGCAAUAAAUGUUCGAGCUUUGAGCCAUCUGAAAGCAGGGAAACCGCGAAAAAUGCUGCUUGUGAUGAAAAAAAGGGACUGUCUUUGAAUUUUAAUGGUGAAAAGGGGACUACUAAUGGAACCAAAAAUGGAUACACUAAGCUUUGUGCUAGAGGCCAUUGGAGACCAGCUGAAGAUGCUAAGCUAAAACACCUUGUAGCUCAAUAUGGUCCUCAAAACUGGAACUUGAUAGGUGAAUAUCUCGAAGGAAGAUCAGGGAAAAGCUGUAGAUUGAGAUGGUUUAACCAGCUAGAUCCAAGAAUCAACAGGAGAGCUUUCAGUGAUGAAGAGGAAGAGAGGCUCUUAGCUGCACAUAGAUUGUACGGUAACAGAUGGGCAAUGUGGGGUUACACAAUGAUUGCUAGAUUGUUUCCCGGUAGAACUGAUAAUGCAUUGAAGAACAAUUGGCAUGUGAUCAUGGCUAGGAAACAUAGACAGAAAUCAAGUUUUUAUAGAAGAAGAAACCCUUCUUCUUCUUCUUCUUCAACAUUUUCUGGAAAUGGGGAUUUUGACAAAUAUUAUAUCAAUGGUAAUGGUGUAAGUUAUGAACAAGGACUAAUGGUAAUGAGUGUAGACCAAUCUGUUCAUUCAUCAGAUUCAAACUCAGAGGCUUCAGCAACAGAGUUAGUGGGCAGGAGUCAGAACAACCACACCAUCAUGUCUGGGGAAAGUGGAAAUGCUGCUAAUGAAAAGAUCAACAACAGACCCUUCAUUGAUUUCCUUGGAAUUGGCCAUUAA